ACUGUGCAGAGUUUAAACAGAGUUAACUAAUCGCGUAUAACAGUUGAAUGGAAUUGACCAAUGAGGCUCUUAAACUUUGUUUAAACUAUAUACGGUGGAAACUAAGCUAAUGAAAUUAUUUCCACUGUGGUAAGUUUCAGCCAAUUUCAGCAGUUGCCCUGGUCAACUCUUUGCGCAAGAGGAUUGACGCCUUCGUGAGGAUUUACCCUUAACAAUACAGUAGAAUGGUCGGCGUGGCGCGCCUUUAGCCAAAAUAACGUCUUAGAAUGGAGAGAUUAAAAUGGGGAGGUAUCGCCCUUGUGAUGCUGUCCUUUCUACUUGGGGCAAAUACAUUCUAUGUACCUGGUGUAGCACCAGUGGAGUUCAAGAAAGGUCAAAAGAUUGAUGUCAAAGCUGUCAAGAUGACCAGCACUCGUACUCAGUUACCAUAUGAGUAUUACUCCUUACGAUUGUGUUGGCCAAAGAAUGGUACAUUUGUUUAUAAAUCUGAGAAUUUAGGAGAAGUACUUAGAGGAGACAGGAUUGUAAAUACUCCAUAUGAAGUGGCUAUGGGAGAAAACAUUGCAUGCCGUCUUUUGUGUAAUAAACCAGGAGUUUCAAUUAAUUGGACUGAAGAGGAUUCACAACGCGUCAUUGAACGCAUUCUACAUGAAUACUCUGUUCAUCUACUCAUAGACAAUUUACCAGCAGCAACAAAGAAAGUUCAUAAAGACACCAAUAGUUUUACUGUCUAUCAUGGAUAUCGAUUAGGUGGUGUGAUCAACGAUCAAGUCUACAUAAACAAUUAUCUUAAAUUAAUUCUAAGCUACCAUAAGCAUGGAGAAGAUCAAUUCCGAGUGGUAGGAUUCGAAGUGGAAGCACGUUCCGUGGAUUUCUAUCAGUUACGCUUUAAAGGAGACACCUGUAUACUUCCUAGUAAGCUAGAGCCACAGAUUGUCAAUAAGAAGGGUACUAGCCUCUUAUUUUUAUAUUCGGUUCAGUGGAUUGAAUCUGAUGUGAGCUGGGCAAGUAGAUGGGAUAUCUAUUUAGCCAUGAGCGAUGUCGAGAUUCACUGGUUUUCCAUUAUAAACUCUCUCGUUGUGGUUUUCUUCCUUUCGGGGAUUCUCACAAUGAUCAUGGUGAGAACAUUGAGGAGAGACAUAGCCAGGUAUAACGCUGGUGAGAAUGACAGUCUAGCUGGAUUAGAUGAAGUCAUUGAAGAAACCGGAUGGAAAUUAGUACACGGUGAUGUUUUUCGACCACCUACGAACUCCAGGUUAUUCGCUGCCGUUAUCGGUAGUGGUAUACAGAUAUUUUUUAUGGCACUGAUCACAAUAUUCUUUGCUAUGCUCGGAAUGUUAUCGCCAGCCAGUAGAGGAGCACUUGGAACGUGUGCAAUUUUCCUGUACGUAUUUUCUGGUCUCAUAGCCGGAUAUUUUUCAGCACGAUUGUACAAAACAAUGCGUGGUCGAGAAUGGAAGCGAGCAGCUCUUCUGACGGCAACAUUAUAUCCUGGUAUAGUAUUCACCACGUGUUUCUUCCUGAACUUCUUCAUAUGGGGAAAGCAUAGUUCAGGUGCCGUUCCGUUUACCACUAUGUUAGCACUUCUUUGUCUCUGGUUUGGCAUUUCACUGCCUCUUGUAUAUUUGGGAUACUUCUUCGGAUAUAGAAAGCAACCAUUCACGCAUCCUGUAAGGACGAAUCAAAUUCCUAGACAGGUACCGGAGCAGCUGUGGUACUUAAAUCCUGCUCUAUGCACCCUAAUGGCUGGAAUCUUACCAUUUGGCGCCGUUUUCAUCGAAUUAUUCUUCAUCCUGACUGCUUUGUGGGAGAACCAAUUUUACUAUCUCUUCGGAUUCCUGUUUCUGGUCUUCUGUAUCCUUGUAAUAUCCUGUUCACAGAUAUCUAUAGUGAUGGUGUACUUCCAGCUUUGCGGAGAAGACUACAGGUGGUGGUGGCGAAGUUUCAUAGUCAGUGGAGGAUCUGCCGUAUAUGUUCUCGCAUAUUCCAUGUUUUAUUUCAUGACGAAACUAGAGAUCACGGAAUUAGUUCCAACCCUCAUGUACUUCGGGUAUACCGCCCUGAUGGUCCUUACUUUCUGGCUGCUUACUGGAACCAUCGGCUUUUUUGCAGCGUAUGCGUUUAUACGAAAAAUAUACGCAGCCGUCAAAAUAGACUAGUCAAAAUUAUCAGCGACAGCAGUCAGUGAGCGUUAGCGUGAUUACCAGUGCGAUUAAAAUUUUCCAAGAAAAAAUUGACAUGGAAAUAAGAACACUAGGUUGUAAUCUCCGGAGUGUAAAAUUCAAUGCAAGUUUACGACAGUGUUUUAGAUAUAUGAGGAUCCUAAUGAUAAUCGAUAAGCUCAUCGAAUCUAUUUGAUAAUUGUAUUCUGUAAUAUCAUUAAACCAGACAUACGAUGAAAAGAAAUGAGGAAACAAGGGAAGAAAGCAUAUUUAGUUUAAAGUAUCUCAAUUGUCCCGAUAACAGAGUGUCAAGCAAUAAGUACUUAUGAUCCUUGUGGUCAACUGACACAGAAGUUAUUCACUUGACUCUUAAAACAAUUAAAUCAUAAGAAAAGAUAAA